AUGUCGGAAAAGUUUACGAAUGAUAUUGCUGAAAAACUGUGGAAAAAUGAACACUCAUCAUUACCAAUAAUAGAAUCAAAAUUGUCGAAUGAACCAAUAAAUUUGGAUAUAAAACUUAUCGAAUUAUGUUCACAAAUACCAAAACCAGAAAUUAUUAACGAAGAAAAAGAUCCAGAUAUUAAUAUUCUUUGGUUAAAAAAUAAAAAUGAGAAGAUAUUAAACGAAUUAGAUAUAGAAAUAUUUUAUUCAAAGGAUGAAUUCGAUGCUUUUAUUACUAAAUUACAAACAAAUAAUAUAUUCUUAAUCAUUGAUCAAUCUAUGUUAAAACAUAUUCUUCCAUUUUUGGAUGAUUUAACACAAAUUAUCUUUAUUUAUAUCUCAAUCGAUACCGAAAUUGAUGAUCUUAUUCCAACAAUUGAUACAAAAAAAACAUUUCGAAAAGUUUCAAGUAAUAAAGAAGAAAUUUUCCAUUCAAUACGUGAAGAUAUUCGUAUAUAUGCCAAAGAUUCUAUAUUUACAACUAUAUUUGAUCUUAUUGUUGAAGAAGAAUCAACAAAUCAAACAAAUAAUGCAUCAUUUAUUUGGUAUAAUUUAUUAAUUAAUAGUCUUUUUGAUUUAGGUGCAUAUCAUGAAACAGCUAAAAAUGAUUUAGUAAAUUAUUGUCGAGAACAAUAUUUAAAUAAUAUUUCCCAACAAAACAAGAUUACAGAAUUUGAAAAAGAAUAUUUAUCAACAGAUGCAAUUCGAUGGUAUACACGUGAUUCAUUUAUUUAUCGUCUUUUAAAUAAAGCACUUCGUACUCGAGAUAUUGACUCAAUAUUUAAAUUUCGUUUUUUUAUUAUUGAUCUUCAAAAUCAACUUGAAUCAUUCUAUAAUGAAAAAAUUAUGGAAUCAAAUAUAUUUGUAUAUCGUGGUCAAGAAAUAUCAAAUAUAGAAUUCAAAAAAUUGGAAAAAAGUAUUGGAAAAUUUAUAUCAGUUUAUACAUAUUUUUCAGCAUCGAUAGACAAAAAAGUUGCUUUAGAUUAUGCUCAACAUUCAUCAGCUAUUUUAUUUGAAAUCGAUAUGAAAAAUGUCAUCUCAAUGAAAAAUAAACGUAUCCGUCCGGUUUAUGUUGGAGAUAAAAGUUAUAUUCCUGAUGAACUUGAAGUUAUUUUUCCAAUUGGUUCAACAUUUGAAGUUGAUUUCAUUGAUAAAGAAAAUAUACCAUAUCGUGUUCGAUUAACAUUAGCUGAAGAUAAAAAUUAUGAACGUAUAUUUAAUAUAUUUCAAAAAAAUUAUGUUAUUAAACCUCCAUCAACUGUUCUGUUUGCUGAUUUAUUUAUAUCAAUGGGUGAAUAUGAUAAAGCAGAACGAUAUCUUCAAAUAUUAUUAGAAGAAUUACAGAAAUCAGAUGAUAAAGUAUAUGUUUAUCAUUCUAUGGGAAAAAUUUAUUACGAAAAAGACGAUUAUAAUUGUGCAUUAGAUUGGUUUAAUAAAGCAUUGGAUUUCAUUAAAGAGAAAAAUAUUUUUUGCGCUACAAUAUAUCUUUAUAUAGCAAAAUCAUACAGAGCUCAGAAUGAAUACAAUGCAGCUCUGGAAUAUUGUCAUAAAGUAUUGGAUGAUCAAAAUGAAAUGGAUUGGUCAGAUUUAGCUGAUUUAUAUGAUGAAUUUGGUACUAUUUAUAGUUUCAUGAAUAAUUUCAAUAAAGCUCUUGAAUAUUUGACUCAAUCAUUAAGCAUAAGACAAUCAAAUAAAGCUAAUUAUCGUGAUUAUAUCUCAACAUAUAUCUCUUUGGUUAUAUUAUAUUUUAAAAAAUCAGAUUAUCAUGAAGUUCAGAAGUAUUUGAAAGAGAUAUUACAUAUUUUAUUAAAUACGAUGCCAAAAACUCAUCCAGAUGUUAUUUCUACAUAUACACUUAUCGGAACAACGUAUCAACCAUGUGGAGAUAAUCAAUCAGCAGCUAUUUAUUGUCAAAAAGCUUUAGAUUUAGUUGAAAACCUUUCAAAAAAAGAAAUAAUCAGCCCAGCAACAUAUUUAGUUCUUUAUACUACACUUGCAAUUCUUAGUGAAUGUAUAAAUGAUCAAUUAUUUUAUGUUCAUAUAGCAUUCGAUAUUUAUAUAAAGUUUAAAAAUAUAAUACCGGAAACGAAUCCAGUGGUGUCUAAUUUAUACAAUCAAAUGGGAAUAACUUAUUAUCACUUAUAUGAUUUCAAUUUUGCAUUAUAUUAUUUCCAUCAUGCUUUGGACCUCAAUGUUAAUAAUGAAAAUAGAUGCUCAAUACUUCUCAAUAUCGCCACAACCUAUAUUAAUAAAAGUGAUAGCAAAAGUGCUUUGGACUAUUUAAAUAAAUCAUACCAAAUUAGUUUAGAAUUAAAUCACAGAGAUACAGGCGAAAUCUAUUCACAAUAUUCUCGUGCAUAUGAACUUGAGAAUAAUCUUGAAAAAGCAAUAUUUUACUCUGAAGAAGGAUUACGAUUCAAUGAAAUUAAUAAUAAUAUCGAUGCUCUUGCAAAUAAUUAUCUAGAUUUAGCAAAGUUAUGUCCUGAUAAAAAGAGUACUUAUAUGGAAAAAUUUAAAGAAAUUGUCCAAAAAAAUGAUUUAUCUUCAAGUAUAACACAUGUUUUUCAUCUGAUUCUUGGAUAUUAUUUCAAAGAACAAAAUGAUUUUGUAAAUGCGCUUGAAUAUUAUCAAUUGUAUUUAAAAUCUGAAUUAACAAUUAUUCCACCGUGUUAUUGUAAUUUAAUAAUUAUAUAUGCAGAUAUUGGAUUUAUUUAUCAAAAAAUGAAAGAUAACGAUAAUGCUUUGGAUUAUCUUAUAAAAAGUUGUGAAAUGUAUUUGAAAUUAUCGAAUUUAAAACGAUUACCAUAUAAAGAUCAGAAGAUUAUGCUUUCUAGUGAAAAAUAUUUAAUAAAAAAUGUUCAGGAAUGUUCUGCCAUAACUUCAAGAAUUCUUAUAGUUUAUUAUUAUAUUGGAAAAAUUUAUAUUGAAAGAAAUAAGAAUGAGUUAGUAUUAAAAUACAUUCAACAAGCACAUGAAAUAUUCCAAAAUUAUCAAGGAAGAAACGAUCUUAGUAAUUCGCAACAACUUUAUUAUUUAUUAGGAUCAAUAUAUAAAUCUAUUGGUAAGAUUGAUCAAGCUCUUUAUUAUUAUGAAAAAAGUGUUCAAUCAUUGACAAUGGAUUAUUGUCUUCAUGGUUUUAUUUCUUAUUUAAUUGGAUCAGUUUAUCAAGAGCAAGGAAAUUAUUUAAUGUCGUUAUCAAAAUAUAAAAUAUCUUUAACAUUUCUAUAUAAUUAUCAAUGUAUUAAUCAGACUCAUUUAUGUUUAGUUAAUGCUUCUGUAGCUUCAUUAUAUUCAGAGAUGAAAAACUAUCAAUAUGCUUUAAAUUAUUCUGAACAAGCGUUAAAACAUUGUUUACUUAUGAAUCCAAUUGUUUAUGAUAGUGUUAUGACGUGCUAUAAAGCUUCAAUAGAUUAUCUGACGGAAUUAAGACCAUGGGAUCAUAAAAAAGAAUUAAAUUCUAUUUUACGACUUAAAGAACUCACUCAAUAUUCAUUAAAAGAUCAUUCAUUACAAGAUUUGUAUUAUUCGAUUGGUUCCUGUUAUUUUAAAAAUGGAGAAUAUGAACAAGCUCUUGUCUAUUGCUAUAAAUCACUUAAAUAUUCAGAUAUGAACAUGUUUACUAUCGAUGUAACAUAUGCAGUUUGUAUGGCAGUCGGAGAACUAGAUAAAGCAUAUAAUCUUAUUAAAGAGACAAUAGAUAGAAAAUUAAAUAUGAAAACUAUUGAUUGGAACAAUCUUUCACUAUUAUAUAUUUAUAUGGGUAUCAUUCAUUAUGAACGUGGAGAAUAUAAAUUAGCUGUAGAAUUUUAUCAAAACGCUUUCAAUUAUCUUGAUACAUAUCAAAAUAAUAAAAGACAUUCAUCUUAUAGUCGAAUUUAUAAUCAAAUUGCACUAAUAUAUUUCCAAGACGGAAAACUUAACGAUGCGAAAAUAUAUGCUGAAAAAUGUCGAGAUAUAAUUUAUUCUUUAGAUGAUAAAAAUAUUGCACCUAUAAAUAUUAAUAUUACUUUAGGAUUAAUUGAAUGUCAAUCAGAAAAUUAUUAUCUUGCUUUAGAUUAUUUCGGACAAGCAUGGGAAUUAAUAUACAAUCGACAUCUUGAUUAUCAUCCGGAAAGAAAAAUUCUAUAUAAUCAUAUUGGUUAUGUAUAUUUUAAACUUGGUCAUAUAAGUCUAGCUAUGAAGAAUUAUCUGAAAACAUUAUCUUUAUAUCAUAAAUUUAUGAAUCAUCAUGAUCUUGCACAAGUUUAUAAAAACAUUGGUUUAAUAUAUGAAUAUGAAUAUGAAAAUUAUUCAUUAGCAUUAAUAUUUUAUCAACGUGCUUUAGAACUUGUUCCGACUAAGCAACAUCCACAUUAUAUGUUAUAUAAAAAUAUGAUUCGAACAUUGAAAAAGAAAACUUCUAGAAAAUAUAUUUGCCCAUUAAUGUAA